GUCACUAAGACAUCAUGAUCCACCCAGAUUCCACGCAGACAGCUGGCCCAGCCCAGGGUGCUGAGACCUAUGAGGCCAAGUGUGAGCGUCGACAAGAGUUCCGAGAGAGCCGCCGCCACCGUCCCAACAUGACCACGUGCCGCCAAGUAGGGAGGACCAGAAGGAGACCUCCCAGUCAUCAGACCCAGAGCCCCCGUCAACAGCAAUUUCUGAAGAGAAGGAACUUGGAGAUAGAAGAAAGGAAGGUGAAAAACUCAUCAUCUGAGACCACAGAGCUUUUAAGAAAGGAAGGCCAGGAAAGUGACCUAAAGGUAUCCAAACUCCACAGCAGCAUGAAGUCAUCAUUUGGACAACAGGAAUUUGGGGCCAGAACCAUGUUUUUUUCAAUCCAACACCAUCUUCUCCCAGGAGACCACAGGGAUCCAUCUGAUCAUCCUUCCACUUGGGAACACUUGCCAGUGGAGGCUAUAGUCAAGCCACUCACACUCCAUCAAGGUACACAGACAAAAUCAUCAGGAGAACAACUGACAAUUAAAAAUGAUGCCAGCCAGCAAACCCAUUGUGGAAUUGCAGUCCUGGAUAAGGAAAUUAUCCAACUUUCUGACUACCUCAAAGAAGCCCUGCACAGAGAGUUGGUCCUGAAGCACAAGAUGGUGGUUCUCCAAGAGCUCCUGUCUACACUCCUUCAAACUUCUGACAGGUCUUGGAAGGGACAGCUGAAUGAGGACAAGCUGAAGUGCAAACUGAGAUCCCUGGAAAACCAGCUGUACACCUGUACCCAGAAAUACUCCAAAGAAGGUGCAAGAAAGGUUCUCCUGGAAAUGGAGGACCAGAAGCAGAAUUAUGAGCAAAAGGCAAAGGAGACCCUUCAGAAACUGUUGGAGGAGAAAACAGCUGUGGAGCAGCAGCUAGAGAGCACUCAGAGGUCCCUGGCCAUGGCAGAGCUAAAGUGUGAGCAGUGGAGGGAACAGUACGAGACUCUGAAGGAAGACUGGAGAGACCUAGGGGCCAAGCACAGCGAAUUGGAAAGUCAGCUCUAUGUUCUACAGUCCAAAUUGCAGGGAGCAGACAGCCGAGAUUUACAGCUAAACCAGGCAUUGCAUCUUCUGGAACGUGAACACCAGGACCUCCAGACCCAGAUUGACCGGCUGCAGGGAGAGAGACAACUGGACUGUUCCAAUGUCAGUAACCUACAAGGCCAACUACAAAGGUCAGAAGAAGAGAAACUUGCCCUGAAGGCUACAGUCCAGCACUUGCAGAGUCUUCUCCAGAGCCAAUCCAAAGAGUCUCACACCCAAGAGGAUUUUAUGCCAAAGAAAGGUCAGACUGGUCCUACAUGGAGUUCAGCCCCCACCUAUCUGGAAGAGAAGUCCAAGGGUUCGGGGGAAGAGAGAGAAAGGGAACUCGGGGAACAGCUACAAGAGAGGACUUUGCAGCUCCAAGACAAAGAGAAAGAGUGUGAAGAAUUACAACUGGAGCUAGACAGCAUGAUUGAUGAGUACCUUUCCUGCCUCAGCAAGCUGCAGCAGUGCCGGGAAGAGCUAAACCGCGGCCAAAAGCCACCCCACAGGAGACGAUGUGGCCUGUGCUUCUCUGUGCUGAUAGUAGUGAUUGCCACAGCAUUAGCAGCAUUUCUGGCCAACAUAGAUACCCGGGUGAUCUGAAUGCCCUGAAACAUCUGGAAAGGAGAAUUUCCUUGAGAGGAGAGUCAGUGAAAUGACAGAAGAUUCAAAGAGUUUUUUGUUUUGUUCCUUUUCGUGCUCCUGGGGGGAGAU